AAGAUGGGUAGAAAGAGCACCAAGAACACUCCUGCGAAGAAUGUCGUCGCCGAUGUGCCAGAGAAGGACGAAGAAGUCGUUGUUCCACCGAAGACACCAGCCAGGUCCCCAAAGACUAGAGCUCAGAAAUCACUAGCAGCAGGAGGUGCUACUCCAGCUCCAAAAACACCGGCUCCAAAAACUCCAUCGCGAACUACCAAAUCGACUGUGGAUACACCAGCACCAAAGACACCAACUCGUGCUGCAAAAACUCCAGUCGUCAAGACUCCAGCUGCAAAAACGCCAGCCAAGAAGGCGCCAGGCGUUCAAACCGUUCCUAGUAGCGAUGAGGAGGAGGAAGAUGAUGAGCUGCAGGUUGUGAAGUCAGUUGCUCCUUCAGUUGAAGUUGCGAAGAAGGAAGAAGAGAACGAUACAGUUGAAGAGUCGAGUGAUGAUGAGGAAAUCGAAGAAGAAAAGAGUACUUCACCGAAAAAGGUUGCGAAAGUCAAUGCGGAUGACGAAGGAUCGAUCCAGGACGCAAAGGAUCAGGCACCACAAGCUAUUAGUGCUCUCAAGAAAUUUUUCGCUGAGAAAAAUGAGAAAUCAUUGUUCCCUGAUAUUGAUUAUGCUCUCAAUCUUUCGGUCACCUAUAAAAAAUCAGCUAUCACCACCGAUCAAGGAAAAAUCAAGAUUAAGCUUCCACACAGCACUCGUAACAUCAACAAUACAUCAGUGUGUGUUAUCAUGCCAGAUCUUGACCAAUCCGAUGCUGCUAAACGUGAUUUCGAUGUUGAGAAACAAUCGCGUGAGUGGGCUGAAAAGAUCGAAGUUGACCACGGACUUACAUCUGCUCACAUCGCCAAGAUUUUGACAAAGCGGGAAGUUGAAAGAAUUGCACACACUUACAAGGACAAGCGCUCGUUGGCUUCGACGUAUGAUGUGUUCCUUUCCGACGGCCGCGUCUACAAUUCAGUGAAAUCAUUCCUGGGAAAAGAAUUCUACAGAGCGCACAAGUGUCCACUUCCAUUCGUCUAUCAAAAGCCAAUCAGUACUGCAAUUGAAAAUGCUCUUAGAACUGUUGUCUAUCCAUUGAGAAGAUACAUGGUCAGAUCAUGUGUCAAUGUUGGUCACUUGGGUCAAAGUUCUGCUGAUCUUAAAGAAAAUAUCGAUACAGUUCUCGAGAAGAUUGCUUCUAAAUGUCCAGGAGGCUUUGCCAAUAUUCGCAGCAUUUACUUGGGUGCAAGCGAUGGUAAACCAUCACUUCCAAUUUAUGUUGACAAUGGUUCGGCAACGGAAAUUACUCUUCCAACUGGAUCUGUACGUGAUAACAAUCCACUCAAGGAAACUUCAGACAAGUGCUCCACACUCCCAGAUGGACUCAAAAUUGCUGUUCGUAAGAACGCUCGCAUCCGUGUUCUCAAGGAAGAUACCGAUCAGUCUGUACUGUUCCCAACUGUGCAUGAUGAGCAUUCGGAUCGUGAUCGCCUGAAGCCAAAGAUCGAUCCAGCAAAGGUCUUGAAAAAGCGAGAGAGAAGACGCAAGGGCAAGGAUAUCGUUAAGAAGCAGAUCAAGAAGCGUUUGGAAAAGAAGUUGAAGAGAGCCGCUGAUGGUCCAAUCAACACAAUUGUUACCAAGAAAGUCAAGAAAACCGCUUAAUAUAUCUCUUGUCGGAAAAUUAUGAAAUAUUCCAUCAUUUUCAAAGUUAAUUGUUGUUUUUUGUUUUUUCUUUGUUUCAUUGUUUCCGUUGUUACCCAAAUCAUUUCCCUUCAUUUUUACCAUUCUUCGUUGAUCUUCUUUUACUUCUUCAACAAUUUUGUUAUUUCUUGGAAUUUAUUUGAAUAAAUAUUCAUCGUUG